AGGCUAAUUUGAUAUUUGAACAAUAUUGUAUCUUGUGAAAUACUAAUUCUUUUUCGCAAAAAUGGAUGAUUUUGCUUGCCCAAGAUGUAGGACUACAAAAUUUCAAAACCCGUCAUUGAAAAUGAUGGUAAAUGUUUGUGGACACGGCCUAUGUGAAAGUUGUGUAGAUUUACUUUUUUUAAAAGGAUCAGGAGCUUGCCCAGAUUGCAAAAUUCCUCUCCGAAGAAAUAAUUUUCGAGUUCAACUUUUUGAGGAUGCACUUGUAGAAAAAGAGGUUGAUAUUAGAAAGAGAGUAUUACGAGAUUUCAACAAAAAGGAAGAAGAUUUUAAUUCUUUGGCUGAAUACAAUGAUUACCUAGAGGAAAUUGAAUCAAUUAUCUAUAAUCUAACUAACAAUAUCGACAUAGUUAAUACAAAUAAAAGGAUUGAACAAUACAAAAAAGAAAACAGAGAACAGAUUCAAAAAAGCAAAGGUAGACUAGGUAGGGACGAAUACGAAAUUGAAGAACUAUUAGAAUUAGAAAAACAAAUGAACGAAGUUAGGAAACAGCAAAUUAUAAUAGAAGAAGCAGAAGCAAAGAGAAAAAAAAUUAGAGAGAAAGAAGCAUUAAUUGAUGAACUUAUGUUUUCUAAUACUAAUGCCAAAAAUAUUAUAGAAACUUAUGCUCAACAAGUAAAAGAAUCUAAGGAGGAAGAGGCUAGGAAACCUCCAAAAAUUACCAAAUUUUCCAGUGGUAUUCAGUUUGGUCGACAAUCACAGACAACAUUUUUACCAGUACCUAAUGAUGAAGGUGCAUUAUAUCAUUAUUCCCCACUUGUUUUUGAAACAGUUGGUCCAGUUCCUCCAUCAGAAGAAGAUUUGACAGUUAAAGGUUUUAUUAAACAUGUUCGAAGUGAAACUGAACAGGAACGGGCUGGCGGAUUUAAAUCAAAUAUUGCUUGUAUGAGAGCAUUGCAAGAAGCUAUGAUGGGACUGUACUAUUGCAAAGCAGUCUUUUGAUACAUAUUUUAGUUGAAUUACAUUACAUUACAAAAGAACAUAUUGGUUGAAAUUAAAAACUUUUGUUAUUAAAUUAUUUUAAUUUAUUGUAAUAUUAUAAUAAUGUUAUGAUACAACAGGAACCCUAACAAAAUCAGUUGGCCAUAAAAAGACAGUUUUCAAUUAAAAUUUUCGAGAAUAAUUAAGUGCAGUAAAGGAUUAAUAAUUAUCUUGAGAUACAAUAAGAUUGUACUAUUGAAAGACAAAAGAUAAUUAUCAACUUUGACCAAAUUGUGUGUUUUGAUGGUUAGUUUAAUUACAUUUGAUAUAAUCAGUUAGGGUUCACACAGACAAUUCCAAAAAACAUAUUGGUUGAAAUUAAAAACUUUUUGUUAUUAAAUUCUUUUCAUUUAUUGUACCUUUAAGUUUUGUAUAAUUUUAUAGGAUGCUGUUUCUAAUUUAUAAAUUAAUAUUACAAUGAUGUUAUGAUGAUGACAGAUACAACAGGAACACAAGUUUUUCAAGACCACAACACCCAUAACAAAAGUAUUUGGCUAUAAAAAGCCAGUAUUAUUUAAAGUAAUUAAGGGAAGUAAAGGAUUAAUAAUUAUCUGAGAUAAAAUAAGAAUGUGGCACGGAUCGACAAAAGAUAAUUACCAACUCUGACCAAAUUCUGCAGAUUUACAUUAAAAAAAAAAAGCUGGUUUGGUAUAUUGUCAUUUAUAUUCCUGUGUUUUUAAACAUUACCAAGUUGUGGUCGUUUAUUGCGUUCAGUAAAUCCGUAAAUUAAAUCGCAAUAUAAUGAUAUACAGGUAAGUUAAGUUGUUUUUACAUUUUGCUAUUUUUAUUUUUUACCAGGUGAAUAUUUAAAAUAGGGGUUUAACAUAAACCGACGGGUACCAGUUUAACUUAAAAUAAUCCGAUACAUGUAUACAUUGAAUUGACCCUCUGGUUCUUUGAUUAUUUUUAAUUAUUAUUUUAUUUCUUUGUAAACAUAAACUUCAAUUUUCGCUAUGCUGCCUUCCAAAUUUUCCUUGAACAGCUAAAAAUGUGCAUUUUGUUCAAAUGUGUAAAAAUAUGUCAGAUAUUAAAUUUUUAGAGAAAAAAAACGAGUUGAAUGUUUGGGAAUCGCUGUACGAGUAUCAAUUUACUUCAAUCAACUUUUAUUUUAUAUAUAAACUCGGGUCUCGAGGCUCCGUUAGGUACAAGUAAUUACUAUAGAUACGGCCCUUCUGUACCUCAACUCCAAGAAGUUUGCGGUUACGAUUUGUAUUAACUAGUAUCUAACGUCGUCAUAUUGUCGCUGGAAAAAAGUUUUUACACAGCUGUUUCAUUGGGGAGCUGUGGUAGUCGGACGAACAAAUUUUAGAAAAUACUUUCAGGCAAAAUUCUAAUUAGAUUUAACACUACACCAAGUACUACCAAAUUAAAUAAACUAGAUUUAAUGUUUAAAAAUAUAUUUUUAUAAAUAUGUUAUAACAUUAAAAUAUCAAUGCACAAUCACAAAUUGCACAAAGAAAAACAUUAAAUCAUUUUAAACUAAAAAGAGUUUAACAGCGAAAGCGUUAGCGAACGGGUCUUUAACGUUACAUUAGAAUACAUUUAUCUGCAUUAUAUAGCACCAACAUCAAUCCAACCAUUAAAAAAAAAGACCAGUA